AAAAUUACUUUUUUCUCUCCUCCACAACCGACUCCAAAAAAAUCGGCUCGUCGACGACGUUUCCGACGACGCGCUUGAAUGUCUCUUUGUCCGCGACGUUGUACAAACCCUUCUUCCUUCUAUGCGCGGCAGUCAGGUGGCAAUGUGUCUGGACGGAGACUGUACAGCCCGGCAGCGGCAAUGCUGAGAAAACCGACUUCUCAUGAGACAAACGCGCCUCGGAGGGAAGUGUAUGUUGAUGACGCUGACGAGGGUGACUACAGUAUUCCUCACACAGCUAGCCAACAAAAACUCUCCACGUCCCAGAAACAACCACAAAAGCCUAGACGUCGGCCAGCGCCAACCUCGCCCAAAAAUCCGUUCAGCUCUCAUCUUGAUUCUCUCUUUCCUGGUCUUGCAUUCCCUCCUGAGCUGGCGCAGCGGAUACUUACACAUUCGAGCCAUCCUGCUGCUGCGCAAGGACACAAUAGUGGGCUCAGUUUCAUCGGUCGACGUACACUCGAGACAUAUCUUCUUCUUCUUCUCAGUGUUUCGCCUGAGCUACAGCCAUCGGAUGACUUGGAGGUGAUCGUCGCACGGACGUUGAAUAGCUAUUUGUUGGGGGAGCACGUCGGGAGGGAAUGGAGGGUCGGGAGUAUUAUGCGAUGGGUUCCUGCUGUGCCAAAAUUUGGAUCUGUAGAAGGGCCAAGCUCCAGUCUUGGUCUCUGGAAGGUGCAGGGGGACACCGUCAGUGCCGUGGUUGGUGGGGUUUUCAGGCAGUUUGUGCGUCAGACUUUGGUUUUUAUUAGUUAUGGGCUGAUAUGAAGGUAGGGCGCAUCAACGGCACAUCGUGUUUUCCAUACGCGACUGCUACCUCAUCUGCUGAUUGACGAGCAGGUGGGGCUGCCAAUGCGGUUUCACGGUGACGCUAAGGCAGCGUGUAAUCGGAUGGGCGGGAUGCAGGGGCCACUGGCCGCUGAUCGGCUGAGCGAUAGAGUUGUCGCUGAAGAGUUUAGUGGUCUAGAAGCAGUGACAGAGGGUCAGACGGCUAAG